ACCUUUGUUUUGUACAGAAGAAUGGCUGCCAUCUUUAGUUUUCGAUGGAUGUUUUCCGAAGAGAUCGUGAAUUCUCAUAUUUAUUGUGGUAUUUAAUAACGUAAUAAAAUCUCGAAUAGUGAAAUAACGUUUUCCGCGAUGUAAAGAGUGUUUUUUCGUAUAUUAUUUAAGCUGCCCUGGUGUCAAUUCCACUAAAAAAUGCUUGUGUUUACAUCCAAGUUUAAAGUGAGCUUCUGUAUUCCUGUCAUAUUAAGCCUAUGGUUCAGAAUCCUCAAAUAGCGGAAUCGAAGAGCGUGGUAUCCCGUCAAGCUGCCGGGCGAGGAUAGCCAUUCGAUCCUAAUUCGCUCGAGUUUCCAAUUGGCGUGAUCGAAAGGCCUCCAAAACGUCGACCCCGUCGGUGAUCAAGUUAUCGGGGGGUGGAACAGGUGGGGGUGGGGAGCAAUUGUCCCCAGGGUCUGACCCACCUCCCCCGGUAUCCCCAGCCGAGAAUACCGAUACUAACGAGAAUGAUGUCGCUACGACGAAAUGCGUUGACAGCUUUCCACAGAGCGCUGAAACCACCAUGAGCUUUGUCCUGCAAUUGGGCACGGUAGAAACAUCCCUCGAAAAGAACUCUGAUACUUCGCCAUCAUUGUCGAUGAAUCAGGAAACUUCGAAUGUGGCGGUUACUGGAAACGAUGAUGCCGGCAAACCUCAGAUUCUUCAAUGUUUAGAAAGCAGCGCCGAAAUUUCAGCCGGUCAUGUUAUCUCCUUUUCAACUGUAAAAUCAGUUAGCGUUACUUACCCGAUGGCGAAAGCCGUUAGGGAAGUGCAGAGAAUUACUGGUUCUCAAACAAAUACCACCCAGGUAUUGUCGACUCGCGUGAUCUCACAGAAAUUACCGUCGUCUAUCCAUCAGACUCAAUCCGCACCUUUAACACUAAACGCAUCUUCCAACGUUGCCCAUAUCCCGGUAAACGCUCAGUCUUUGCCAUCGCCAGGCAGCGGAAUGGCACAUGUAUAUCCUUUGCAGCACGCGGUGUCUACGCAGAGCAAACAGCAAACUAGAAAUCAAGCGGUCACCUGUGAGAGCAAACAACAACAACAACAACAACAACAGCAACAACAGACCACGAUAUCUAGUUUGCAAACUAGUAUGCCCUUAAAGGUUCAACCGGUAUCUUCGCAAUUAGUUGUAAGCAACAAUGCAGUUAGAGCCAUCACUACCGCUACUUCAUUGCCCAAUAUUCAAAGGAUACAUGUGAAGGCGCAAAAUAUCGUUGGACAGGCUCAGACUGUUAACUUGCAGAAAGUGAAGGCUGUGACUAAUGUCAGUCAAGGGGUAACCGUUCAAAGAAAUUCCGUACCGAGGAUACAAACCGUACAGAAGACUCAGGUGUCAACUGUUACAUCCCAAACUACCCAGUUCGCUGUUAAUCAAGUCACGAACAAUGCCAAUGUACAGAGAACUCAACAAGGCAAUCCGACGCUCCAGAAAGCACAAACGAAUACUGCGAGCACACAGAAAGUAGCGCAGAUCUACAAUAACCAAAAGAUGUCAUCACAGAUGUUAAAUAGCCAUCCGAAUCAUAAAGCACAAUUACAACAAAUAACGAGUAAUCAACAGCAGGGAUUACAAAAGAUACAAGUUCAGUCACAGAAGACGGUAACUGUGCCAAGACAACAAUCGAACACUACAGCAGGGAAUAAUGUUCAAAAAUCUAGUAAUUCUGUAACUGGCAUACAGAAAGUACAAGUAGUAGGACAAGUACAAUGUCAACAGCCACAGGUCCAAAAACAUGUGCAACAGGUUCAGCCAUCACAACAUCAAAGAUCACAAUCUACAGCAGCCUUGCAAAAAUCUCAGACUGUAGCUACAGUUAAUUCUAAUAGAGUACAAUCGAUCGCAAAUGUUUGCAAAAGUAAUAGCGUUCCGAAUAUUACCAAAACAUCGCAAAAUGCCAAUUUAUUAACUGUGAACAAACAACCAGUAAUCUCACAGCCGCAACAAUCGCAGCAAGUACAUAUCCAAAACUCGUCCCAAUUACAACAACAGUUGUUACAGCAAACUUCACAGCAACAGUCGCAGCAACAAGUGGUACAAAAACAGCCACAACAACAACAAACGAAUACGAAUUUACAAACACAGAGAAGUCAUAAUAUUACAAACGUCCAUCAAAAGGUUGCGACCAUUGCGACGAUUCCCAAUAACCAACGAACCCAAGUAGUAAAUUCUAAAAUACAGCAGCAACAGAUGGUAAUGAGAGUAGGCGUACCAAAGAACCAAACUCAAAAUUUACAAAGCAAUUUGAAAAACGUACCUCAAAAAAUUACAAAUACGGUUAAAAAUUCAAACUCACAGAAUGUCGUGCAACAAUCAUUGCACAGAAAUGCGAACGUGCAGCCAGUAAAAAUAAUCCAGCAACAACAGAAUGUUAUAGGACCGCAGAAUGCUCAAAAACAACCUGGAUGCAUCAAAACGAUACCGCCACAAAAACCAGCCCAAAGGAAUCAUACACAGAAAGUAGCCGGUAUUAAGACCUCUUUAAAUACAAACGUAGCCUCUGUGAAAAAUCAAGGAUCAACAACUGCAGUCGCACAAAAGGCAAGCAUCAAAACAUUGCUUCCUCAACAGACUGUUGCUACGAAUAUGUUGAUGCAUAAAAAUCAACCAAUUAAAAUUCAACAGCAAGCGAUACAACAAAAACAGCUUAUCACAUCAUCGCAGUUUCCUCAGCAAAUUAGGCAACAAUCUGGACAAGUGAAGACAUUAUUACCAGUAACUAGUAUGGAUUCUCGCAAGGAUAUAGAGAAUAAAACCGAACCCGAAUUGCGUGAAUCGAAAGAAGAUGAACGUCAACAACGCCCUACAACUCCAAUUAUAAGAAUACCCCCUCCUUACGAGUGUCUUCAGUACGUCCUACAGGAUCACAAUUAUGGAGCACCACCUCCACGAACACCAUCACCUCCGUCACCACCGUCUCAUCCAAAACAACCCAUCAAUGGUGGCGGAAAUUCGACUGCAACUUCUCAGCAUUCUUAUAUUUAUGGAAAAGUUGUUACUGGCACUAAUGUGGAUGAUGAUGCAGCCAGUGUUAUUAGUAGUGAAACAGGUAGAGACGUUGAAUUGGAAGGUGAAGAAACAGAAACGGCUCCUGAAGGAGAAGGAGACGAUGAAGACAGUGUUACUAGAUGUAUAUGUGACUUUGAACAUGAUGAUGGAUACAUGAUUUGCUGUGAUCGAUGUUUAGUAUGGCAACAUGUUGAUUGCAUGGGUAUAGAUCGUUCUAACAUUCCCGAUGAAUAUCUUUGUGAAAUUUGUCGACCACGACGUGUAGAUAGACAAAGAGCACGUGCUUUGCAAAUGCGUAAACGUGAAGAAUUGUUAAAUUCAGAUACAUCAUCCGAUACAUCAUCUACCAGUUCAGCAGAUACUGAUGUUGGUGUAAAUACAAUUCCAAAAAAACGAACUAUACAACAGCAAAUUCCUCGACGAAAAUCUGAACCACCGCAAGUAAGGCGACUGAAUAAUAAUAAUAACAACAAUAAUAAUAAUGUCGCAAAAAGACAAAGAAGAGAUUCACAUCCAAGACAAUCUAGUACUGUUCGUAAGAAAGAAACUACAAAACGUGGUCCAGGUAAACGUAAAGCAAAACGAAGAAUGAGUUUAGAAGAUAAAGAAGAAGAAGCUCAAGAUACAUGGAGUUCCAAUGUCGCACCAUUAAGACAAUGGAUCGAACGUUAUGAAGAAGCUGUAACGAAUCAUUAUAGUCCAGAAUUAAGAGCUAGGAUAUCAUCUAUUAAAGUGAAUGGCACACAUAGCGAUUUGAGACAAAGUAAUAUGAAUGUUAUUGCUACUGGAAAAUAUAGGCUCAAUGUUCACAGUAAUAAUGUUAGGUUUUUGGUGGCAACGAUGUAUCUUCCACCAAAUACACCUGUCGUUGAAUUACGUGGAAAGUAUAUGUUGAGUACACAACAUCGACCAUCCUAUCCUCAAGGAAGACAACAUACCCAGAGACCUGGACCUUUUGUAUUCUUUUAUCGAUUACCACGAGAUGGUACAGAAGUUUGUGUAGAUACCAGAACAUAUGGAAACGAUGCUAGAUUUGUGCGACGUAGUUGUAAACCUAAUGCGGAAGUGAAACACUGUAUAGAAAAAGGAACAUUACAUUUAUAUAUUGUGACCACAACCGCGAUUGAGAAAAAUGCUGAAAUUACGAUCAGACAUGAACAACACGAUCUCCUGUUAUCACCUAAUCCAAAUAGCUCUAUGAUGCCUAUUGUUUGUGCGUGUAAUAAUCCGAGAGAAUGCCAAAUAGUGUCUCUAAAUCAAUUGAACAGAAGAGGAAGUAACGGAGCAUUGGCUGAAAAUGCUGAUGGUCGAGAACGAAGACGAAGGGGUAGACGAAAUACAAUUUGCGAAGAUAGCGAUUCUUCGACUGUGAUGUCUAACAGUACUAUUAUUGCACAACCUGCACCACCACCAACGACAGUAUCAUCAGUAUCUGCACCACCGAGAAGAACAGUUACAACCACAAUAGCGUCAAAUACAAUGCGUCAACUAUCUAAGGAGGAAUCGUUGACAGUAGUUCAACAGCCACAGACUUCUCCAAAUUUAAGUCAAUCUAUACCUUCGGAAACUAAGAAAGACAAAAAGAAAAUGACCAGAGAAGAAAGAAAAAUGGAAGCCAUUAUGAAAGCUUUUGAAAGAUUGGAAAAAGCGGAACAAAGAAAGCAAGAAGUUCAAGCACGAAAUGCACAACGAAAGGAAUCUGGUGGUACGCAUAGCGAUAAUGAAGAUAGUCAUAGUUUGACGAUGCAAUCUAAACAGAAACAACAAAAUUCUGACAGACCUUUGAGACGGAAAAGAAAAAAAGGUAGAGCAAGAACUACUAGUACUUCUCAAUCACAAGGUACUAGCCGAAGAACAAGAUUGAAUUCUGCGGAUUCCGACGAAUCAUCUGGAGAAGAAAGUAAUUCGAUGCAAUCACCACCUCUAUUGAGCCAAAAUCAUUCGCAAAAUCGAGAUACUCCUUAUUCUUCUUACUUAAAUACGCCUGCAAAAAACACGAAUGAAAGUGUGACGACACCUGCUCAUCAGGGAAUUCCAACAGCUGCUGGUCUGCUCUUAGCUCUAGCAAAUUCUAAUGCACCUGGACCUAGUUCACCACCUCUACAACAACCAACACCAGUUAAGAGUCCAACUUGCGAUAGUGGUGCAAGCAGCAGUUCUCAAAGUUCAACUCCAUCUACUCCUUUAUCUUCGGCUUGUUUGCUAGUCGCAGCAGCAGUUGGUCCUUUAGCUCCUGGCUUUAAAUUUCCAAAAACCAAAAAAGUUCUAAUGAAUGAAUGGUUAAAAGAGUCGCCUGAUCCACCACAAAGCAACAUAUCUCAAAUGUCACCAUUACCAGCAUUACCACCAGCUUCCACUUCGAAUUCGAUAAAUUCUCUUUGUAGAUCGGAUUUUUCUUUACCAACAGACACAUCCGCAGAGUUUUUAACACAAAGCUAUGCGGCUAAGAGUUUAGCAACUCUUGUACAAGCAGCAAACUCCGUUUCUGGAAUUUGCGAUUCACCACCACAACGCAAACAGGCGAUUAGUGGGAAUACGGUAUGCCCUGUCUCUACAGGAUCUGCCAAAAAAAGAUGGUUACGUCAAGCUAUAUCUGAAGAAUGUGAUUCACCGAAUAGUCGACCAGAUAGUCCGCCGGCCAGUGAAAUGGUAGCUCCACCAAAGAAAAGAAGAAUAGCCAGAGAAAGUUUGUCAUCAGACAAUUAUACUCCACCAACAACACCUACCAUGUUAGUUCCUGAAUCUACUCCGAAUAAUAGAUCUUUGUGUCCUAACGAAGAUGAUUUUAUCGAGCACUUACAAUCGUCAUUAAUUGAACAGAAUGAUGAACGUCACAUGACAACAGAGUCUAUAAAACAGGAAGUUGUUUCACAUGUAAAUUCGGAUGAGACUGUACGGCAAAAACUUUCGAUAGAUAUUCCACAGGAUUUUCAAGUAAAAACUAUGAAAUCUGAGAAACAUAUAGCACAAAUGAAUACUUCGUUGGUGAAAGAAGAGAACAUUGGGAUAAAGAAAGAAAAGAACAUAGAAAUGGAUUGUGACACUUACAUGCAUUUGGAAUCAAAACCUUUUAUUAAAGAUGAAUUACGAUCUAUUAAAAACGAAUUUGUUAACAAUCAAAAAGAUAAGAGUAAAGAAGAUUACAUUAUUAAAAAGGAAGAAAAUUCAAACAUAGAAAAGGGUACAGUUGAGAUAAUCGAUCAGAAUGAAGGUGAUACAGAAAUGGAAGAUUUCAGCUCUCCAAUUGCUGUUAUGGAAUCGGAUGCAAUUCUAAAGCAACGAGUAGCUGAAAUGAGACUCGAAUAUGGAGGUAUAAGCGAGAUAGUUAAAGUUGAAGAUGAUAAAUGUGAUGAUGAUAAAAGAUCUGAGGAUAUAAAAUGUGAAAUAAAAUCCGACGAUAACAUGUCAAUUGAUGAAUUUGAUGUUGAAGCUCAAAUGAAGAAAAUCACUGGCGAUGAUGGAAAUGAUUAUAAAGAAAAAGUAGAUACUAGUUCCGAAAAAGAUAAAAGUAUGGAUGGUAUCGAGGGUUUAAUGGAAAGUUCUAAGGAAGAUUCAGAAUCUGAGGAUAAAGAGAUGGAUGAUGUAAAAUACGAACCAUCAUUCAAAUCAUUCAAUUUAAAUCAUGAAGAAAAAUUGUUUAAAGAAUUUGAAAGCAAACCUGAUCCCGAUCCUGAUCCUGAUCCCGAUCCUGAUCCUGAUCCUGAUCUUGAUCCUGAUCCUGAUCCUGAUGCUGAUCCUGAUCCUGAUCCUGAUCCUAAUCCUGAUCCUUCUAUGGAGAAUAGUAUUAAAGAAAUUGAACAGAUUCAGGAAUCUCAGAAAAUAGAACAGCCGUCCGCAUUUGUUACAUCAUCAGAAGAAUCCAUUUUCGAGUCUGCAUCUUCUAAUAUGGAUACAGAGUCUAUUGUAGAAUCACCAAAGAUUUUUCAUUCCAUUCCACCAUUAAGUGAACGUAUUCGUAAAAAAACAGAAACUACAAAUGCUUCAAAAAGUCAGCUGAAUUUUGAAGCAGCUAUAAUCGAAUCCACCAUUAACAUGGAGACAGAAGAUGAAUCAAAAAAUGGUGAAGAAAAGUCUAUGCUUUCAACGGCUUUAAGAGAAUUGUUGGAAGCCAAAUUGGAUGAUCUGACACCUAAUGAUGCUAAAGAAGAAAUAACUAACACCGAAGAAAAUAAUACUACAUAUAUCGAAUCAAAGUCUGAGAAUUCGGAACAAAAUAUAGAAAUACAAGAAUCUGUAUUAAAAUCUACUUCUCAAAAUGUUCAUAAUGUUCACAAUGAAGAAAUUCCAGUGAAAGAAGAGGAAGUUCCACCUAAAGAAAUCAAACGAUUAAAAGAUCCGAGAACCGUCGUUCCAAAUAGUAUGCCAGCUCCUACAUUUAAACCUGAAUCAAUUCCUCCUGUUAAACGAAAGUUGUCCAUAUCAGAAUACCGUAAGCGAAAACAACAAUCAUCUGGAACACCUCCAGAACCUGAACCAUCGAGCGAUUCUACAACAGAUAAAAGCGGAGCUAGAGGUAGAUCAGAUAGUGCGAGCAGUGGAACUUCAUCACUUAGCUCUGAUGAAGAAGGUUCAAAAAUCUCAUUAUCUCUCGAUAUACCAACUUUAACCACAUUACCGCUUUUCAAUAAUGCAGAAGGAGAAGAAAAAAAAGGUGGUGAGGAGGGAACAAUUGGUUGGUCUGCAGCACCAACUUUAGUUGAACGUCAAAGAGAAAAUCUUACAGAAAGAUUAAAACGAGAAUUUGGAUUAUUUAGCGACGACGAAGAAGAAAGAGCUCGCAAACACGGUCUAACAGCAGAGGCAAUAUUAAAAGCGCGGAAAGCGUCUCCACCUCAUCCAAAUGUAUCAAAUACUCCUCCAGGUUAUCCGCUACCGCAAUUGCCUCCUCAGCCUUAUAUUCCUCCUCCAGGAUCCGCACCUAUUCAUUAUCCUCAAUUCCAAGCUAAACCUUGUUCCGUUCAAUAUCCAAACUUCACAGUCCCACAGAACACUUCACAACCAGUCUAUGCGAAUACUACGCCUCAGACCUCUGCAAACAAGCAGACACAACAAUUCUUAAUACCUCAAGCGUCACAAGCACCGCCGGGCUCGAAUCCAUAUCCUCCUCAAUUUAUUCCACCAUCUACCACUGCAGUAUCGAUCUCCAAGUAUACAUCUGUGACUCCGCCAUCUGGAAAUCAAAUAUAUCCUGCAACUGGCCAAUCGCAAAAGCAAUUUUUCAAUCAUCCGGCACCAAGAUCUUAACCCACAUAAAAGGUAGUGCUAUCGAAAAGUUAUUAGUUGGGAAAUUUUUAUCACACUUAGCCGGAUUGUGAAUUAAAUCAUUAAUUCAUAACGAAUAAACACCAGGCUCAUGGCUGGUUGCUUAAUUCCAUUAGAUUAAAAUGUUAAGUUAUCCUUUCUAGUUUAAAACGAAAGGGAGUAAAACAAGAUAUUUUGAGUGUGGAACAGAAAAUAAAUUCACGAUCUUUUCUUUCUUAUGUCGUUCGUGUUAUAGCAAAAGGGUAUUUAGAUUAUAUAUGACAAAAUAAUAAUUCGUGCACACGAUUGGCAUGUGAGAAGAGAUUCGUGAUACCAGGUGCUACACUGUUCUCGCUUAUAUAAAAAACAUUAUGCGUACACCGUUGACUGCGAAGGAA